AUGGGGCGGACUGUGUGGGUGGCCAUUUGGUUGGUGUGGGUGGCAGCGGUGGCCCAGGGCGAAUGGACUAAUGACCAAUACCAGAUGAGGAGGACUGGUCUAUGUGGACCGGUACUGACUACCUUACUUCUCACGUCUGAUGUUGUGUGUGCCAUCUUCUGCUCCCGAGAGCCCCAGUGCGAGGGGUUCAGUGUAGGUGUUGAUACCAGCCUAUCCUGUCUCCUCCACUCCCGAAAUGACGUCGUUUCUGGCCUCUCGCACCUCUGUUAUCUCAAAGAGGUGUCCAUCACUGUGCCUUCACCAAGCAGGGAUCCCGACACUACUGCAGCGAGUAGCAUCACAACCGCAGCACCUGGUUCUCUGAUGGUAACCACUGUAUCAGCAUCAGCUAUAACUGUCCCUGUAAACAGUGACUCUCUGACUACAGUCGUUACCGUCACUACAGACACUUCUUCUACAACGGUGUUGGGUCCUGAAACUUCCAGUAGCCCUCCAUCGCCUCUUACCACUGUUGUCCCCACACAGUCUACACCUAUAUCUGGCGAUGAGUCACCUACUAUAUCUGCUACCCUUACUACCACACUCCCAGCCUCUACAAUAAUUAACACCACAAGCUCCCUUAAUGGCACUGCCUCAACAAAUAGUCUCGUCAGUCAAAACAAACAACCUCUACUGAUGUCUUAG